AUGCAUGCACGCCCACGUAACGUACACAACACGAGUGCCUACGUGAACACGCAUCCCCAGCCUCACUGUGCGCCACGCUCCCGGAGGCCCUGAAUCACGUUUAAUCGCGGAUCCCUCCCCGUGCCAGCUCGACAUCCUCGGACCCUCCGCUCCCGCUGUGUGCCCAAACACAGCACCCCACCGUCCUCGCCAUGUCCUCGCUCAACACGUCGAGCAAUGGCCCUAACAUAAAACGGAGCUACGAGAACGUCGUCAAUUCGCCGCCCCCGUCCGGCCCCCAGGCGAAUUCGCCCACUUUUGGGCAGUGGGCUCUCUUUACCGUGCAAGCUCCCCUCGUCAGCGCCUUCCAGCACGAUGGCGGCAAGGAGAGCGUCUUGAAGGUCCAGACGACCGGCGAGGGCGAGCUGGCCGAUCUGAUUGACGACUUCUCAGACGGGCGCAUCCAGUUCGCAUUCGUCAAAGUCAAGGACCCCAACUCGUCGCUUCCCAAGAAUGUCCUGAUUGCUUGGUGCGGCGAGGGUGUACCUGAGCGGACCAAGGGCUACUUCGGAAGCCACCUCGGGGUUGUCUCCAAACUGCUCCAUGGAUAUCACGUCCAAGUCACCGCGCGAUCGGAUGCUGACCUCACGCCCGAGCGCAUCGUGCAAAAGGUGUCCGAGGCCUCUGGUGCAAACUACUCGGGGGCUCCGAGCAUUCCUUCUUCCAACAAGCCCCCGCCCGUCGCCGCGAAGAAGCCCGUCUUCACACCUACACAGAUUGGUGGUGGAGGUGCCGGCUUCAACCCGCUAGCGCGAUCCCGAGCUGCACCCACGCAGGAAACUGACGCCGAUGGAUGGGGUGCUGAUGCCCCAGAGGUUACCCGGUCGCAGCUGCAGAAGGUGGAGUCUGCCUACAAGCCCACCAAGGUCAACCUAGCAGAGCUCACUUCCAAGAGGGAGCCGUCGCGUUACCAAGCGCCAGAGCCGCAAGCUACUCCCUCAGACGUUGUCAAGGGUACCUACCAACCAAUUGGCAAGGUGGACAUUGCUGCACUUCGCGCCCAGGCGAAGUCAUCGGCGCAAGAUGAUAGACCUACGGUGGUCAAGGGCGCAUACGAGCCCAUUGGAAAGGUCGACAUUGCAGCUAUCCGGGCCAAGGCGCAGGCCCCUCCGCCUUCGUCCGGUCUUGCACCCGCAGCAACCGGUUCCUCCGCCCGUAGCGACGACAACGAUGAAACUCCCAAGUCCCUCGCGGAGCGAUCAGCCGCGUUCAAGCAGCCGGAGCGGCUGACUAGCCUACCAAAGCCCAAAGUCGCAAACAAGUUUGGCGGCGCAAGCGCAUUUACUGGUACGAAGGCUCCCGCGCCCAGCGAAUUUGGCGUCAAGCCUGCCAUACAGGCAACCGCCCCAAUUGGCAGUGCCAGCAAGACCUUCGCAGACCAGGGAGGAAAGACACCGGCGCAGCUAUGGGCAGAGAAGAAGGCCGCGCAGGGCCAACCUGUGAAGUCUUUCGCCACUGGCGAAAGUGCCUCAACUCCGGUACAAGCCCAGAAGAGCGGCGGCGGCGGCUGGCAGAGCGGAUACACGGGCAAGUCUUGGGCAGCAGUACAGACGACCCGCACCGGCCAGUCUGCAGCCAGCAACCUUAGCGAGCAGCGUACCGGAGAACCUCAGCAGGAGGAAGCGCCCUCUUCUCCAGCUGGUGGCGUUGGUGCCCUCAAAGAUCGCUUCGCGGGUGCCGCCCCUAUGGGUGCUCCCACCAGCCGUCCCGUACCCGAGCCCUCUGCUCCUAGCCCGCCUGCGUUGGAUAACUCGAGCAAGCCGAACGCCAGCGCACGCGGCGUCCCCAUGCCAGGACUACCCAGCCGUCCCGCAGAACAUGAAGAGGAAGAUAACGAUGUGCCCGCCGUCCAGCAUCAACGCCUUCCUUCGCCUCCGCCUCAGCCUCCACGUAGCCCUUCACCGGAGCCCUCUGGCUCGCCCGUACGCAUAGCUAUGCCUGUCAGCCGCAACGCUGCACCUGCAGAGCUUUCGCCGGCCGAAGAGCAAGCCCCGCCCAUGCCCACGCGCGGGCUCAGCCAAGCUGUUAAGGAGCAUCGCGACCUCUCCCCCGAGCCUCAAGUAGAGUCGAAAGACUCCGCACGAGGUGCCAGCGCUGCUGUUGCGGCCGCCACCUUCGGAGCCGGUGCUGUCGCUGGCGCUGCGGUCGGUGCUGCAGCUGGUGCAGCGACAGGCGGAGGCAGUGGAGGCAAGCGUGCCGUCGCCCAGUACGAUUACGAGAGAGCAGAAGAGAAUGAACUCGAAUUGCAUGAAGGCGAGUUAGUCACUGACAUUGACAUGGUAGACGAGGAUUGGUGGAUGGGUACCAACUCCCGCGGUGAACAAGGGCUGUUCCCAUCCAACUAUGUUGAGUUGGUUGAAGACGACGGUGACGAUGAUGCUGGCGCCGGUGCACCUCCACCUCUGCCAACCCACCCCGCUGCCGAGGAAGAGCCCCCAGCAGGCCCACCGCAGCCCGCUGGCGGUAGCGGUGCCACUGCCGUAGCUAUCUACGAAUAUGAAGCCGCAGAAGAUAACGAGCUCAGCUUCCCCGAAGAUGCCACAAUCACCAACAUUGAAUUUCCCGACGAAGACUGGUGGCUUGGUAGCUAUGGCGGCAAGUCCGGCCUUUUCCCUGCCAACUACGUGCAGAUCAACGAAUAGAUUCUUGGCUCGAGUGUUCAGUUGUGUGGUAUCGAUAGGGUUAGUGAGUAUCGAUCUUGCAUGCAGGUGGGCGCGUGUCGCUGCGCUUGUUAAGUGAUUGACACGCGCCCGUUGAGUGAUGGCAUCGCAAGAUGCAUCGUUUGGCACAAAAAGUCCAAACAAGAUCAAAUGUAAAUGUUACCUCUUACCUGUGCCCUCAAGCUGAAGCUUCACCAUAUGUCAGGUUGAGUUGACUUUGCGGGCUGGAAUUUCGUAGUGCGCAUACUUUGUUCCACAACACACCAACGGUUCACUCCACAGCCUAUCCAUGUCUCUCCACACCUGAACCACGUUUCCACACGAGUAUUGAGG